AUGAAAGAAUUUAUCCGGGAACUCCCAUCUUUAUUUAAAGAUUACGUAGUUGUCUUUCCAAGGACCUUUUCUAGGAGAACUUUUUGCCUUUUUGGUGAUGAUUCUGUGAUCAUCAUUGUAUCUUCCAUUUUUUCUUCUUCUCCACCUGAGGGCUUCAUUCUGGAUUGGAAUAUGGUCAUUGAGAUCACAGAAGCACCAAAUGGAUGGCCACUUGGACUCGGAAACAUUAACUUGAGACUGAUAGUGACGCCGAAUUCUCUGGCAGCAAGACCAUCCACACCAGGAGAACAAUCACCAACAGAAGCUCCCUCUCCUAGUUUCUCAUCAUUUUCGUCAUCCAAUCUUGACACCGAGUCCUCGGCAUCAUUCUUCCCAGACAAGAGUGUUUCUCUAGGACUGCUCAUGGGAAUAAGACCUGGAAAUAGAGGGACCUUGCAGUUUCCAAACUCGAUGGAUCUCAGACAAAACAGGAGCUUAUCUACAUCAAAUGCUGAGGUCUCGAGGACUGAAGGAGUUGAAACCUCACAGGGACUUUGUGUACCAUUGUUACAAAAUACUGUUCAUUAUACCACGUAUGUCUGGAAUAAGUUUCUCCCAGAAUCAGCAGUCAUCGGUUUGUCUUAG